UUGGACAUAGAGUUCUCGCGAAAGGAAGAGCGCUGGGUUCGCUGGAAACUCGAUUUGAUCAUUCUGCCGAUUUUCCUUGUUACGCAACUGCUACAGUUUCUCGACAAGACCGCCCUGAACUACGCCAACAUAUUUGGCUACCAAAAGGCGCUCGGCCUGAAAGGACAGCAGUUCAAUUACCUCUCGGCGAUGGUCUACGCUGGAUACUUCUUCGGAACGUAUCCAGCCGGACGACUGAUCGGUCGCUACCCGGCGCAGCGUGUCAUGGCAGUGUCAUGUCUGAUCUGGGGCCUCUUGGUAGUGCUCCUCACGCAAGCUCGCACCUUCAGCAGCGCCUUGGCCGUGCGGUUCUUCCUUGGAGUAUUCGAAGCAGCAGUCACGCCAGGCCUCACGUUAAUGACGGGCUUCUACUACACCCGUCGUGAAAUACCCCUGAGACAAUGUAUCUGGUAUUCUGGG